AUGUACCAGGACUACCCCUCGAACCGCUCGCCGGGCACCAGCCGUGGCUAUGCUGGCUUGACCCUGAAUCGCCAACCGUCACGGCACUUUGACUACGCCAAUGCGUCGCUGUCGGGCCUCUACACUGCAGAGGAUCAUGCACAGCGAUACGAGCCCCCUGCCCGCUUUGAUAGGAUCCCGUCCGCGACCCUCACCUCCAACUAUCCUUAUGAAAAUCAGACCUGGAGCUAUGGCGGAGCAAACCCGACCUCGAAUAUGGGCGGGACCGGUCGAGCAAAGUCCCAAGGCCGGCCCAGGCUGCCCGUGCCGUGGAUGGAGCAGCAGAUGGGUCCGCCCCCGAUGCCCGCCCUCCCCAACAUGAUGCAGAUGAACGGCUAUCUCCCGCACGCGCCCAAUCAAUCCACGCGAGUCUCCCCUGCGAUGGACUCGGAUGAGCUUAUCCCAACCGCCAUCGUCGUCAAGAACAUUCCCUUCGCCGUCAAGAAGGAGCAGCUCAUCCAGAUCAUGACCGACAUGCACCUCCCCCUUCCCUACGCGUUCAAUUACCACUUCGACAACGGUGUCUUCCGGGGCUUGGCCUUUGCCAACUUCACCACCGCCGAGGAGACCCAGCAGGUCAUCGAUGUCAUGAACCACCUGGAGCUUCAGGGGAGGAAGCUGAGGGUUGAAUACAAGAAGAUGCUACCAGCUGCCGAGCGCGACCGCAUCGAGCGAGACAAGAGGGAGAGGCGCGGACAGUUGCAGGAACAACACCAACCAAUGAACCCGACCCAGCUUCACAACCAAGGCUCGGUGACCUCUCUGAACUCCAACAUACCUGCAACGUCGCCGUCGCCGAUUUCUCAGCGUUCUGGGAACAAACUUGAUCUCGACUUGAACGAUCCAACGACCCUCGGUUUCUACACUGACCUCAUGCUCUUCAAAGGAGACGCUAGUCGCGAGACAUUGAUCUUCCCAACCACCAUCACACCCGAGCAGCGCAGAACCAUCCACACUCUCGCGCACCACAUGGGUCUCGAGCAUAGGUCGGAAGGGCAGGCGGAGAUGCGCCAAGUUCAGAUCCUCAAAUCAAGACCCACCCAGAUCAGCCCGCCGGUCCCUCAGCUCCAGUCCGGCUAUUUCAACGAGUCACAGCGGCGAGGUUUGAACCGUGCAGCGACGAUUGACUUCAGCGAGUCUCGAGACCCCAACUACUACAACCAUACGUUGGGCCGACAAUCCUCUGGCCUCCUUGAUAUCCCUGGCUCUCCCGGAUUGGGCGGUCUAGGUGCCGCGCAGAACCUCCGAGCUGCCAAGUCGUUUGCUGAUCUACGAUCCUACUCACCCUCGCCAGCACCUGGCCUGACCCAGAAUGCCUCUCGAUACACUGACAGCUAUGGCCAAGGCCAUUCAACAGCCGCGUCUGGAACCCCGAAUCUCACCCCUACAUCUGCUAGCGGCAUGAACAGCCGCGACAGUGACUUUGUUAUCAACGGGCUCAACAACCUGACCCUGGGGUUUGAUCGACCAAGUGCUACUCGAGCCAACGCAGCGGGGCCAAUCGGCAGCCAACGACCGGUCAACGGCAGCUAUGAUGAGAGCGCCCGCAAUGGAGCAUCGGCUGUACCGGAGAGGCAGCCGAGAGGACCGGGUAGCGAAUGGGGCUCGGGUUUCUCUAGACCAAGACAGAAUGGCCAUGUCAACAGAGGCAGCAGUGGUGAGCUUGAUCUGAAUACCGCCGAGAAGAGCUGGGAUGAUAACAGUGCUCAAGAUUCCUCCGACCGGAACGGUACGUCCUCCACGACUUCACGAUACAUGUAG